AUGGGCCCUGGGUCGAUUCGCAAGGAAUAUGUCGAGAUUGUCGAGAAUAUCCCCAAGCCUUCGCACGUCACGGAGAUUGACACUUUCCGCGUCGUCGAUUCGACUACGGACGAUGAACAAUUCUACACCACUUUCUCGGAUGAACGUCGAAAGAAGGUCUUUCGAAAGGCGGAUCUUCGUUUAGUCCCAAUGCUGGCGUUGCUAUACUUAAUCUGUCAUAUCGAUCGUGCGAAUAUCGGGAAUGCCAAAAUCGGGGGCAUAGUUCAGGGUUUAGGUAUGACGGGGGUCCAGUACAACACUGUACUUUCGUCUGCGAGUUCUUCUAUUACUAUCUUUGGUCGUUUCUCGAAAAAUGUUGUUGACUGGCUUAUGUUCGUAAUAUUCUUUACUACCUACGUGUUCUUCGAAGUGCCUAGUAAAACAUCCUUCUUAAGAAGUUUAAGCGCCCUUCUACCUACCUCAGCGUUCUAG